AUUUGUAUUUGUGAAAUUAUUCGGUUUUAAUAAUAUUUCAACGCGAUGAGUGUGAAGAAGGAAGUACAAGAGCUGUUGGUGUGCUGCAUAUGCCUAGCCACCGACACCACACUGUAUAAAAUACAAGAGUCUAAGUUGUUCAAAGUUUUUGUUGAUCUUAUGGGCACUGAGGAGUGUAGUUCAGCCGGGUACUCUGUGUGCUGUGUGUGCCGCGCACAGCUCGCGCGCGCGGCUGCGCUGCGGGCCCGCGCGCGCCGCUCACAUGCCUUGCUCGCCAGCGCUCUCCAGCGAACACAAUAUAUAACCUUAGACUACAUUCGGACCAUUGACCGCGUUGCUGAAAAGCUUUGCCUAAACUUAAAGAUCUCUCACAUCUACAUUUCCGAUUCUACCCUCCCAGAGGUCAAAGAGGAAAUCAAAGAGGAAACUGACUUCACUGAAAACAUAUUUGUCACCGAGCCUGUUUUAACUGAUUACGAAGAUUUCAGAGAAAAUACACCUGAAUUUGAAAAUGAUGAAACUGAAAAAAUUACAACUCUGGAAAAUAUUAAUAUAAGCAGUAACAAUGACAUUAGUGAUAAUAAAAUAGAAUCUAGAAUAAAUAAGCGUAAAUUAUCAGAUAAUAAAAGAAUAGUAAAAUCUACUAAAGGCAAAAGGAAACUACUAGAAUCUACCAAGAGAACUGAAAAAAUAGAAUCUACCAAAGAUUUAAAUCUACCGGAAUCUACUAUAGAAAAUCUACCAGAAAAGAAAAGAGUAAUAAAAAGGCGUAUGGCUGACAAUGGGUUUCUGCCCGAUUUCAAUUUUGAAGAGUUUGAAAGUAAAUAUAAUUGUAAAAUAGAUAUACUGUCUAAAGAGGAGCAGAUGAGAGAGAUAGAGGGUCGCAAGAUGUCGCCGAGCUAUACGCUGGCUGCGUUCGGGUGUGAGGUGUGUGGGAAGGGCUUUGCCUCGCAGCAGGUGUAUGACGGCCAUAUGAAAAAGCAUGAUCCUAGCGCGGGCGGGCACGCGUGCGGCGUGUGCGGCGUGCGGUUCGGCACGCGGUCGCGCGCUCACGUGCACGCCGACGCGCACCGCCUGCGCUUCACGUGCAACGCGUGCGGGUUCCUCACGCGUACCAGAUUUAUAGCAAAGAACCACUUCUUGUCCCACUCCGGCACGACCCACCAGUGCCCACACUGCGACGCUGUGUUCACCAAGUACACGUCAUACCUGACGCACGUGCGGCGCCGGCACCCCGCCAUGAAUGUUGCAUGCGACGAGUGCGGCGAGACGUUCGUCGGCCGCAACGGGCUGCGGCACCACAAGACCCGAGUGCACCGGCACGAGCAACUAAAACCUCGUGCCACCAAAGUUCCGUGCUCCGACUGCUCGCAGACGUUUAUCGACCAGGCGUCAUACGACACGCACUACCAACGCAUCCACCUCAACAUCCGCAUGAAGGAGCCGCCGCGCGCACGCGCUAAAAACGCACGUGCGUUCAUCUGUGAACUCUGCGGCGCUGAAUGCUCCUCCGUGUCGAGCCUGGCGGCGCACCAGCGCGUCCACGCCGGGGCACGCCCGCACCAGUGCCCCGCCGAGGGCUGCGCGCGCCGCUUCGCCACGCUGCACAACAUGCAGCGACACCACCGAGUUGUGCACCUCGGUCGCCGGCCGCAGGUGGCGUGCGGCGUGUGCGGCAAGCUGCUGGCGCAUGCGGCGUCUCUCAAACUGCACGUCAAUACCGUGCACUUGAAGCUACCCGCGCCGCGCCGGCGGGACAAGGACUCGCGACUACGUACAUAA